CAACACAUCGAAUGUCCCRAAAAAUCUGAAAGGUUAUUAUCUCAACAGUCAACUCCCUUGAGAACAAGAGCUGUUUUUUCUUCAAUUCUUUAGGAUAUAGACAAUGACAAGACUACUUUAUACCACGAUAAGAAUCCUUCUAAUGCAYUGUCUGACAUUUUAUACAAUUUCACAAGCAUUGGUCAACGACGAGCGGUUUUUUAAAGGAGCAAUACGGGUUCUAAGUAACAGMUUUUUCUCUGGUGAUGUUUUGGAGUCUUCAAAAGGGAUUAACGCUUUCCACUGUACACAUAAGUGUCUUCAAAAUCAAAGAUGUAUUUCAAUAACGUUCUGUGCAAAACAUACUGGUGGAAGAUGUUAUCUGUAUAAAGAUGGGAUUAGUCAAGCGGACGUGGCGUCUUCAUUGGUUGAGAGAGARGGUUGUAUUUUCUAUCAGUUUGCAGAUCCUCUUGAAGAAUGCCGGAGAAUAAAUUGCCAAAAUGGUGGGAAGUGUCACCAUGACAACUACCUAGGGCGUUUCACAUGCUCGUGUAAAGGAGAUUUUGCUGGAGAAUUCUGCCAAAGCCCUAAACCUAUAGUUUACAAAUUCACCAACUUACAAAAAASCGGAAGAUAUGGCCCGAACUCUGCUUCAGCCUACCAAGGGACAACCUUAGACGGAAAAGUAACUCUUUCAAAUGGAAAGCAGGAAUGGACAGUCCCUAAAAAUGGCCGAUAUCACAUAGUGGUAGAGGGAGCUGCAGGGGGGGCAGGUUUCAUGGGUAAAGUGGGGGGUCUUGGUGCUAGGGUAUAUGGGUAUGCAACACUCAACGCAAGCGAUGUCAUAGUCAUUGUCGUAGGUCAAGAGGGCUUGUCACGACAGGCUGGAGGAGGAGGAGGAGGAUCAUUUGUGUUUUACAAGAAUGACCAAAUCAUAGCCAUUGCUGGCGGUGGCGGUGGAGGUGGGGGUCAAAUCACUCAAAUGGAUGGCCAAGGGGCGUUAGCUUCUGAUACUGGUGGAAUUAGGGGRGGAAGUAGAGGCUUUGGGGGGACAGUAUGUAUGGAUAGUCAUGGGUCCUCUAGCCCGGGAGGCGGUGGGGGUUAUGCAAAAGAUGGAACAUGUUACAAGGGCCCAACUUGUAACGACAAUCAAACUUGCACGCAAGGAGGAGGCAGUCACUCUACUAACUUUGUUGGCGGGUUUGGUGAUGGGGAUGGAGGUUUUGGAGGAGGUGGAGCGGCAGCAGGUUCUUAUCCAGGGGGUGGAGGUGGGUUUUCUGGUGGAGGCGUUGAAGCAAAAUCUCAACUAGGCCAAGCCGGAGGGGGAGGAUCGAAAACAUUCACCUCAAGUUGGCAAGCUGAAGCUGGUGUUAAUAAAGGUCAUGGUUCGGUCGUUAUAACACUGGUCGGAUAAACGCAGUGUACCUUUCUAGUGCGGGCUGUUUAUGUUUAUGGCCUACCAACAUUAAUGUACAUAAKGGACAUGGACUGGAUGUAAUAUCACUGGACGGACAA